AUGGGAGAUGAACCAGGAUUAGAUUUCUUCCCUUUCCUAUCAGGAGACAAUCAGAUCUUAACAAGGUUCUGGGAAUUUGUUUCUGACAAAGUUUGCUUUGUGUUAUUGCAGGAUGCUUCAUCUGUAGACAUUAGGAAAGCAUAUCGUAAGCUUUCACUAACUCUACACCCAGAUAAGAACAAAGAUGAAAAUGCAGAAACCCAGUUUAGACAAUUGGUGGCUAUAUAUGAGGUUUUAAAGGAUGAAGAGAGAAGGAAGAAGUAUGAUGAUAUUCUGAUCAAUGGACUACCAGAUUGGCGACAGCCUGUAUUCUACUACAGGCGGGUGAGAAAAAUGAGCAAUGCUGAGCUGGCAUUACUGUUGUUCAUUAUUCUCACAGUGGGUCAUUAUGCUGUGGUUUGGUCAAUCUACCUGGAAAAACAGUGGGGUGAACUGCUUAGCAAAAAAAAGAGAGACAAGAAGAAAAAAACAGGAAGCAGGAGUGCAGAUGAAGUAAAACUUGGUCCUGCUGACAAAAAUGAAAGAUCAUUGGAAAAACCACAGUGGCGUGAUUUACUUCCAUGCAAGCUGGGAAUUUUGUUCUGUCUUACUAUAAAAGCAUUACCUCAGCUGUUGCAGGAUGCCAGACAAUCAUAUAUAGAAAAUAAAGAAAAAAACAUGAAGGCGAGAGAAGAUGCCCUGGCUAGAGCUGAACUUGAAACACUUCAGAAGGAGAAGAAACCUAAAGUCAAGAAACCAAAGUCUGAAUUCCCUAUAUAUAUUGCUUCAGAAUCCAAUGCAUAUAUACCGUCAUAUGAUCACGGAGCAUCUAUUGAAGAGAUUGAGGAACAGGUGGAUGAUUGGUUGGAGAAUAAGAACAGAACAUACAAAAAAAAGGCACCUGAAUGGACAGAAGAGGACCUUAGCCAGCUGACAAGAAGUAUGGUUAAGUUCCCAGGGGGGACCCCAGGUCGAUGGGAAAAGAUUGCUCACGAAUUGGGUCGAUCAGCGGCAGAUGUCACCAUGAAAGCAAAGCAAUUGAAGGAAUCUGUUGCACAUACCCCAGGAAUUGUUAGAUUCUCUGAUCUUAGAAACUUGGCCCAGAAUUCGAGAAAUGCCAAAACCAACUUGGAUUUGCCAGACAAUAUAAUUACACAGCGAGAUAUAGAUGAGGAGGAGGAGGAGAAAGAGAAGGAGAACUAUGAUCAUGACCCAGAACAGAUGGAUAUUCCAACAAAUCACAGAGAGGCUAUGCCAAGUGAAACUAGACACCGCAAGCGAAAAAUAGCCAAUUCAUCUGAAAUAACUCUAGCAACAAUGAAAGAGGUGGUAGAAGAUAAAUGCAGGGGAAAGCGUCAGAAAGACUUUGAUAACACAGAAAAGGAUGAAUAUAGCGAUGAUGAGAGCAGAAAAAAAGAGAAAAGCCAUGGUUCUGAAGAACUGUGGACUCAGAAUCAACAGAAUCGUCUUGAAUUAGCCUUACAACAGUAUCCAAAGGGAACAUCAGACCGCUGGGAUAAGAUAGCAAAAUGUGUCCCAGGAAAAAGUAAGGAAGAGUGUGUGGCAAGAUACAAGUUGCUUGUUGAACUGGUACAAAAGAAAAAAAUGGCUAAAAGCUGAAUCUUCUGAGCAAAAGAGUUUUAUUUCUAUUUUUCAGAAUGAGAUUAUAUUUUAAAUCUCAUAUGCAGACAUUUGAAUUUUUGUACUGCAGUAUUUCUAUCUGUCAUGUGCCUUAGUAAAAACAAAAUAUCAAUAAAUCUUAUGCUGUCUUGCUUAACAA